GCAGCCGCCCUUCCUUCGCGCCCUCCCGGCCGACAUCAUGCUCCAGUUCCUGCUUGGAUUUGCUUUUGGCAACAUGGUUGGAAUGUGUCUGGCUCAGAACUAUGACAUACCAAACCUGGCUAAAAAACUUGAAGAUUUUAAAAAGGACUUGGAUGCCAAGAAGAAACCCCCUAGUUCAUGAGGCCGACUCCAGCACUGCCUUCUGGAUGUACUGAUUCUGCUGCUCUUGAGGGCCUCCUUUACCAUCUCAACCAAAAGCUUUUGUUUUCAUCUCCAGCCUCAGCGCGUUUCUUCUUUGCUGGACCCUGCGUUGCCUUAGAGCACAACUGGGGCCACAAUUAAGAACUACCCUUACUUCUCCAGCAUCCUCACCUCUGCCCUUCUUCCUUCCAGCUGCUUGGGAGGUCCUAAGACUGGAAUUAUGGUGCUAGAUUAGUAAACAUGACCUUUAAUUAGUAGUCACCCCGUUAUUCUUUGUGAUCUCUACUGUGUUUUCUCAAAAGAGAAAUGGAUGAGUUUUGUAUAGCUGAUUAGAUAUAAAUGAUGCUGAUUUCACAGUUUAGAAAUUAAAAUGGGUGUUUAAACAUUUAGUACUAAAUUACGUUGUUUCAAAGUAAUUAAAAUUGAAAUCUAGAAGCCA